AUGAGCAAUCAGUACCAGGAGGAGGGCUGCUCCGAGAGGCCCGAGUGCAAAAGUAAAUCUCCAACUUUGCUCUCCUCUUACUGCAUCGACAGCAUCCUGGGCCGGAGGAGCCCGUGCAAAAUGCGGCUGCUGGGAGCCGCGCAGAGCUUGCCUGCCCCGCUGGCCAGCCGCACCGACCAGGAAAAGGCCGUUCAAGGCUCCCCCAAGGGCAGCAGCGCCCCGUUCGAGGCCGAGCUGCACCUGCCGCCCAAGCUGCGGCGCCUGUACGGCCCGGGCGGGGGCCGCCUCCUCCAGGGCGCCGCGGCGGCGGCGGCGGCAGCGGCGGCGGCGGCGGCGGCGGCGGCCACGGCCACGGCCGGUCCGCGGGGGGAGGCCCUUCCGCCGCCGCCGCCGACCGCGCGGCCCGGGGAGCGGCCGGACGGCGCGGGGGCCGCCGUGGCCGCUGCGGCCGCGGCCGCCGCAGCCUGGGACACGCUCAAGAUCAGCCAGGCGCCGCAGGUGAGCAUCAGCCGCAGCAAGUCGUACCGCGAAAACGGGGCGCCCUUCGUGCCGCCACCGCCCGCGCUGGACGAGCUGGGCGGCCCGGGGGGCGCCGCGCACCCGGACGAGCGCCUCGGCGCGGCCGGUGGCCCCGGCGGCGCCCCGGCGGCGAGUAGCGGCACGGGCGCCGAGGACGAGGAGGAGGAGCUGCUGGAGGAUGAAGAGGACGAGGACGAGGAAGAGGAGCUGCUGGAAGACGACGAGGAGGAGCUGCUGGAGGAUGACGCCCGCGCGCUGAUCAAGGAACCGCGGCGCUGCGCCGUGGCCGCCACCGGAGCGGUGGCCACCGCCGCUGCCGCCGCCGUGGCCGCUGAGGGCGGGGAGCUGUCGCCCAAGGAGGAGCUGCUGCUGCACCCAGAGGACGCUGAGGGCAAGGACGGCGAGGAUAGCGUGUGCCUGUCUGCGGGCAGCGACUCAGAGGAGGGGCUGCUGAAGCGCAAACAGCGGCGCUACCGCACCACGUUCACCAGUUACCAGCUGGAGGAACUGGAGCGGGCCUUCCAGAAGACGCACUACCCAGACGUCUUCACCAGGGAGGAACUGGCCAUGAGGCUGGACUUGACUGAGGCCCGGGUCCAGGUCUGGUUCCAGAACCGUCGGGCGAAGUGGCGCAAGCGGGAGAAGGCGGGCGCACAGACCCAUCCUCCGGGUCUGCCCUUCCCCGGGCCGCUCUCCGCUACCCACCCGCUCAGCCCCUACCUGGACGCCAGCCCUUUCCCUCCGCACCACCCUGCGCUCGACUCGGCCUGGACGGCCGCUGCCGCCGCCGCUGCCGCUGCCUUCCCGAGCCUACCUCCGCCUCCGGGCUCGGCCAGCCUGCCGCCCAGCGGGGCGCCGCUGGGCCUGAGCACUUUCCUCGGAGCCGCCGUGUUCCGGCACCCGGCCUUUAUCAGCCCUGCGUUCGGCAGGCUCUUUUCCACCAUGGCCCCCCUGACCAGCGCGUCGACUGCGGCCGCGCUGCUGAGACAGCCCACGCCGGCCGUGGAGGGCGCGGUGGCGUCGGGCGCGCUGGCUGACCCGGCCACGGCGGCCGCAGACAGACGCGCCUCUAGCAUAGCCGCGCUGAGGCUCAAGGCCAAGGAGCACGCCGCGCAGCUCACGCAGCUCAACAUCCUGCCGGGCACCAGCACGGGCAAGGAGGUGUGCUAA